AUGGCGCGCCGCCGGUGCGGAUCCAGCCGCCCCGGCCAUGGUGCGAGCUCCCUCCACCUCCGCCUCGCCACGGCCCGGUCGCGUCUCCGCCUUGCCGCGGCCCGGCGAGGGCGCUCCGCCGCCGCUGUGGCUGUGUCGCCCGCUGCUCGCGGGGCCCUGCACCUGCUCGGCCGGCCGCGCCCCACGGCGGAGGGAGCAGCAGGGAGGGGCGCCCCACGGCGAGAGCCCGGGCCGGGGAGCUCGAGGGCGGGAGCAAGGGAGGAGGAGUGGAGGGAGAAGCUCCAGGGGGCGGUGCUUAUGGCAAGGCCCUGCUCGCCGUCGUGGCCACCGCAGGCCGCGCCUGCUCGCCUCGCCACGCCACCAGAGAGGAUUGGCCCGCGUCCGCCGCCCCGCCACGGCGCGCCUCACCAUGGCCGUUGGCGGAGGCCGUCCCGCCUCGUCGUGGGCCGCCGCCGCGCCGCGCCACGCGUGCCCCGGUCCGCGCCGCGUGGGCGCGAGCCGCCGAGCAGGGGGGCCGGGUUCGCCAGAUGCCACGGCGGGGGGUCGGGUUCGCCGUGGACGUGCGCCGGCGGUGGCGAGGAGCGUGGGCGGCGGGCCCGCGUCCGUCCCCCAGUGAGCAUGGCGCGGAACAGGGGAGGUGGUACAUCGGAGGUUAUGGAUGACGUCAUGUACGAGCUUCAUCAUGACGUCUUCUAUCGUCGCUAG